UACCUAAAAAUCCUCAACCACGAAAUUUUGUUAAAUAUAAUAUACAUCACAGGAAAGGUAAAAUAUUGUGUUACCAAUAUAAAUAGGUAUUUUUACAUACAUCAUAUGGAAAUAUAUUGUUAUGUAUAGGCGCUUGCUAUACUGAAAUACUCAUGUAAAAGAAAAUCAAUCUCUCUUAUAUUUGUGAAAUGCACAUAUGCCUGGCGCCAAAAAAAAAAAAAAAACUCUCUGACGUCAGCUCUGGUGCAGAUCCUCAUCUAAAAAGAAUCAAAGCAAAUCCCCAACCCCUGUGUUUCAAAUGCACAUUUUAUCUUUUUCUUUUUUUUCUUUCGCAUGACGAUUUCAGCGGCCGUUCAUUGCGUCGCACCUCCUCGUCAUGACAACGAGCAGAGAGAUUGAAAUAUGGCAAGUGGUGUCCUAUGAGAGAGAGAGAGAGAGAGAGAGAGAGAGAGACGGAACCGCACUGAGAGAGAGAGAGGAUGAGAGAGAGAGGCUGUUGGAGCACAAGCCGUGGGAUCCUCUCCAGUGCAGGCAUCGCGCUCCAUAAUAACACCACCACCGCAUCCUCAUAUUUAACGCACAUUCUGGUGCUAUUCUCUAACCAUGAAGGCUAAACGGAAGAUCCCUGCCUCGCUGUCUCCCAGUCUGAGCCUCUGUUUUCUGUGAAGAGCAUCAUAUAAUAGUGAAUCCAAGAGAGAGAGAGCACCACGCAAGCGCGUAAAAAGAAGAAGAUUGGACACCUCUAUUUUUUUUUGUUGGUGCGCUUUUAGAGCGUCUCUUUCACAUAUUCGAAGUCAAACAUUCGGUGUUUUUCGAAGAGGCCCCCCCAGCGGUGCCGUGGAUACCGUGUGGAUUAUUAUUAUUACCAGCAUGGACAACAAAUGGGGAAAAGAGGACAGAUCGCUGCGUUGACUUUUGAAGCAACGCGCACAGUCUUGACGCUAUAGCGUUACGCAUUUCUUUUUUUUUUUCCUUUUUUUUUUUACUGUGAGCGCCUUUUUCCCCCUCCUGUUCGAAUCCCACUCGCUGCUGCUGCAUCUCACCCAACAUUAUAUAUAUAUAUAAAAAAAGAAAAAAAGUCUAAUAUUUGGUGGAUCUAAGGAACAGAGCCGGGGUGUUGUCAGAGAGGGAUGAGAGGAGGAGGGGGCAGUAUGAGGUGUGCUUUUUUUGGAAAAGCCGGAGAAAGACGGACACCAAGAAGGUGUACUGAUGUGCGGACGCCUGCGACGCGUUGCCCUCCUGAGAAAUAAUCGCGAUCAGGGUGGAAGAAAUGGCCUAGUUUAAAAAAAAAAAAAAAACACCAUCGACACACCGGCAAGAGAAGAAUCGUGUUUAGAUGGACGGGCCAUCAUCAUCAUCGUCAUCAUCACAAUCCCAGCGAGUCUUUUAGGUGUAAUUGGCUUCCUGACUGCAGCUCUGGACCCAUCAGGAGUUCCAAAGAGGAAGACGGAUGAGACCACAGAGUCUACCUGAGAAUGCUACCUGUCCCUCCGCCUCGCCAUGUCACCCUAGGAAAACUGCUAACCCGUCCCCUUCCACAAAUCCUCUUUUUGCCUUUGUUAUUUUCCAUAUCCCACUGAGUUUGUGAUCCCUCUCUACACCCAGCUGAAGUCCUAGUGAUAUGACUAAAAGAGCCUUUAUUUUGGACAUGUUGUUUUUUCCUCUCAAUGCUGCCAGCCACCAAGGCUAUGGUGGGAAGCGUCAUUAUACUUCUCAGCAGGUUGCUAAUCACUGUCUGCUGUGGCUCUUGGGACUAGUGCUACACCUCACCCUUUCCUCGUGUCAACGGGUUGACCUGAAACACCCCAUAGUGUCCACUGGCUAUGGAAAGAUACGUGGCAUCAGGAAGGAGCUCAACAAUGAGAUCUUGGGCCCCGUGGAACAGUACCUAGGUGUGCCGUAUGCCACCGCGCCUAUCGGCGAGCGCCGCUUCCAGCCUCCCGAAGCGCCGGGCUCCUGGCAAGAGAUCCGCAACGCCACCAAUUUUGCGCCAGUGUGUCCCCAGAAUGUGCACGGGGUUUUACCUGAGAUCAUGCUACCGGUGUGGUUCACGGACAACCUGGAUGCCGCAGCGAUCUAUGUUCAGAACCAGAGCGAGGACUGCCUUUACCUCAACAUCUACGUACCAACUGAAGACGGUCCGCUCACAAAAAAACAAGAUGAGUCUACACUGAACAGACCAAGGGAUGAAGAUAUUCGGGAUCGUCGUAAGAAGCCAGUGAUGCUGUUCAUCCACGGAGGCUCCUACAUGGAGGGCUCAGGGAACAUGUUUGACGGCAGCGUCCUUGCUGCCUACGGAAACGUCAUCGUGGUCACUAUGAACUAUCGGCUCGGUGUGCUCGGGUUUCUGAGCACAGGGGACCAGUCUGCUAAGGGGAACUAUGGCUUGUUGGACCAGAUCCAGGCCCUGCGCUGGCUCAAUGAAAACAUUGGCCACUUUGGAGGAGACCCAGAGAGAAUCACCAUCUUUGGCUCGGGAGCCGGUGCCGCCUGCGUGAACCUCCUCAUCCUCUCCCACCACUCCGAGGGCCUGUUCCAGAGGGCCAUCGCGCAGAGUGGCUCAGCCAUCUCCAGCUGGGCGGUCAACUACCGGCCGAUGAUGUACACCAAGAUUCUGGCGAGGAAGGUCGGAUGCACUCUGGGGGACAUGGCCGAGCUGGUGGACUGCCUGAGGAGGAAGAGUUUCCGGGAGCUGGUGGACCAAGACAUCCAGCCCGCGCGCUACCACAUCGCCUUCGGGCCCGUGGUGGACGGUGACGUGGUGCCCGAUGACCCUGAGAUCCUCAUGCAGCAGGGCGAGUUCCUGAACUACGACAUACUGCUUGGCGUCAACCAGGGAGAGGGCCUGAAGUUCGUGGAUGACAGUGAAGGAGAAGACGGAAUAUCAGCGGCCUCGUUUGACUAUACCAUCUCCAACUUUGUGGACAAUCUAUAUGGAUACCCUGAUGGUAAGGACAUCCUGAGGGAAACCAUAAAGUUCAUGUACACAGACUGGGCCGACAGGGACAACAGUGACAUGCGCAGGAAGACCCUCCUGGCUCUGUUCACGGAUCACCAGUGGGUGGCACCGGCCGUCGCCACCGCCAAACUGCACGCCGAGUUCCAGUCACCCGUCUAUUUCUAUACCUUCCACCACCACUGUCAGACCGAGGCCAGGCCAGAGUGGGCCGACGCGGCCCACGGAGAUGAGAUCCCCUAUGUGUUUGGGAUUCCCAUGGUGGGAGCCACUGACCUGUUUCCCUGUAACUUCUCCAAGAAUGAUGUAAUGCUCAGUGCUGUAGUCAUGACAUACUGGACCAACUUUGCCAAGACAGGGGAUCCUAACCUACCAGUUCCUCAGGACACCACGUUUAUCCACACCAAGCCCAACCGCUUUGAAGAGGUCAUCUGGACCAAGUUCAGCUCCAAAGACAAGCAGUACUUGCAUAUCGGCCUGAAGCCUCGUGUCAGAGACAACUACCGGGCCAACAAGGUGGCCUUCUGGCUGGAGCUGGUGCCGCAUCUCCACAGCCUCCAGAAGGAAAUCAUUAGCUCCAUCACAACUCGACUGCCGCCCGGAGGCACCACCCGCUGGCCAACUGGCACCCGUUCCACGCGACACCCCGUCAUCUCCACCUAUCCGCCUGACCCUGAGCCCGACGGUUCGGAGAGACCCCGCAAUACCCCCUUCCCCGACGAGACGAGGGACUACUCCACCGAGCUGAGCGUGACAGUAGCCGUGGGCGCCUCGCUUCUUUUCCUGAACGUGCUCGCCUUUGCCGCGCUUUACUACAAACGGGACAAGCGCCACGAACUCAUGCAGAGGCGCCACCGCCGGCUGUCCCCGCAACGCGUCACGACGAUGGGCAUGGGCGUCGGCAUGGGAGUGGUAGGGGCCCCGCCGCACAAUGACCUGGCGCUGAGCCAGGAGGAGGAGCUGAUGUCGCUGCAGAUGAAGCAGCAGAGAGUGGAGCUGGAACACGGCACGCCCCUCCCGUCCCGCGGCGUCCUAGGCGACCUGGAACCCCUGCGGCCUCCAGUGUGCCCGCCCGACUACACGCUGGCCCUGCGGCGGGCGCCGGAGGACGUGCCGCUGAUGACAGCCAACACCAUCACCAUGAUCCCCAGCACCAUCAGCAGCAUGCAGCCCCUCCACCCGUUCAACACGUACCCUCCUGUCCCAGCGCCCUCCACUACACCCAUCCCCAGCCACAGCAACAAUGCCCUGCCACACCAACACUCCACCACCCGUGUAUAGGACCAGGCACAACCUCUGCUACCCCACUCUGGGCUCACAGAGACGCACCACACAAACUGCUCCAUACUCUCACCACCCUCUAUUCUUCUUCACUAUAUCUUUGUCUUUUCUCAUUAAGCCCUCAAAUAAAGCUGCAGUUUGUAAGAUUUUAAGCAGUGAAAUACCUCUAAAAUGUACUCAUAAAUCAAGGGGGAGUUGAUUAAAAAAGCUCCUUCGCCAAAAGCCCGUCAUCAUAGGUACAUACUGCUUUGCCCCGUUAAAGCUCCUUCAAUAUCUCGUGCUUAUAAGUGAGCCACCAAAACGCAGCUUUAAGCCUGUAACUCUCUAAAAGAGGUAUCAAGCUAAUCACAAUCAGCAGGACAUCUUAUGUGUAGCUCGCUUGUUUUGCGCAUGUGUUGUUGUGUCAGUGUACAAACUAUGUUUGUCAUAGAAUGCAUAUAUUCGCUUUCAUUCAUUUAGCGAAAACAUAAUACAGUAGCGAGCAGCUUCGAGCGAGGCGGCAUAUGCCCCGACAAGCUGUCUGUCAUAAAGCGGUGAUUUCUUGAAACUUACAAAUUGCAGCUUUAAAGGCCCAAUCUGGAAGUGGAAUUUGGCACCCUGUGUUGAGCGCCACGGCCCGACAGCUGUCUCUGUGUUCUGAUUUUGGGGACUUUUGUUUCGGUGUGAAAUGUAUUGACAGCGCUGGAAGUACAAGGAUGAGCUAUUUGACAUUUAAAGCAUGAGUUUUUCAUGGAUUUUAAAACUUUAUUUCUUCUGUUUACAAAUUGAUGCACCUGAGGCCAGUACUACAAAAGUGAGUUCAAGAUACCCAGGGUAUCUUCUCGUUAUCUGGCUUAACUAACACUAACAACCGCGAUCACGCUAAACGGUCCUGUGACGGUGGUUAUCAACUCAGUAAGUCAACCCAGGGUUUCUAAAUCUGGCUAUUAGUACGUUCACAUAAAGGGGCGGUGUUUGCAGCAUAUGACCAAUCGCAAACAUGGACAAGUACUGUGAGCAGAGCGGCACAUUUUACAAUCCAAGACCGAACUAUAAUGUUAGACAAAUACGAAGAAGUUAAACCCAUAAUCCAGGCUAAAAUUAACACAGUUGAAGCUGCCAAAUGCAGGAAGGACAGCUGGCAAAAGAAAAAAUUGCUGAUGUGUGAAUGUGUAAAUUAACAGACUUAUAAUAUCUCUGCCCCAUCUAGAGCACGGGUAGAUCUGACUAUAAUUACUUUGUGUGUUCGUGUUAAAUUAAUAUGAUGCUUAGACAAUAUAAUAGAAGAAAUUACUUCAUUAACCCCUUGGAGGUAAAAUUGUAUGACAAUUUGACCUUCUUUCAGCUGCGUCCCCGACCCCAGCGGUGUGAAACAGACUUGGGGAGCAAAUAAAUAUAAAAACAUAAUUAAAAGCGGUAAACACCCACAGCAUUAAGCCAGCUGUCCUUCCUGCA